AUGUCGCUGCCGUCCGCGGCGCCCGUGCCGAGCACGUCGUGGGAUGCGCUGCGGCGCAAGACGCGCAACCUCGAGUCGACGAUCGAUGCGCGGCUGACGACCUACUCGCAGCUGGCGUCCAAGAUUGCCCGGUCGGCCGAAGACAGCGGCGGAGGUAGACACAUGGCGCUCGACAUGAGCGGCGGCGGUGGCGGCGCGGGGACGGCGGGCGACGACGAGGCGGAGCUAGAGCGCGAGCUCGACGAUCUGCUCGGACAGCUGUCGUCGUCGGUCGAUGCUCUCACCGCCGUGCUCGACGACCCGACCCAGCCGCCCACCUCCAGCCAGCUGCAUGCCGUGCAGAGGCACCGCGAGGUGCUCAUGGACUUCACCAGGGACUUGCGCAGGUCCAAGACCAACGUUCGGCACGCCCGCGACCGGAGGGAUCUGCUCGGAUCGGUGCGCGAAGAUAUCGACGCGUACAAGGCACAGCAUGCCUCGGACGCCGAUGCCCUGCUGGCAGAACGCGGCCACAUUGACAACUCGCACCAGAUGAUGGAUCGCACCCUUGAACAAGCCUACGCGACGCGGGCCGAGUUUGGCGAGCAGCGGACGGCGCUCGAGGGCAUCUCUAGCCGGAUGGGCGGCGCAGCAACGCAGGUGCCCGGCCUCAACAGCGUCAUUACCAUGAUUGGGCGGAGGCGGCGCAGGGACAGCGUCAUCAUGGGCGUCCUCAUUGGCACCUGCACCGUCCUGCUCCUCAUGUUUGCCACGAGGUAG